AUGGCAGAAAAUAAGAUUCAAGAUAAUCCAUUGCCAGAACAAUCAAAGCCAACAGAAACUAUGCAAGACCAACCAGAUGUGAGUGAUAAACAGAAGAAUAUUACACCGAAAAGUCUUCCUGAUAAAGCAAAUCCAGUACCAGUUCCGGUUCCAGUGGUGUCCCCAUCACCGAGACUGACCAUCCCGGCAUUCACUAAAACCCCACCAAAUGAGUUAUACAGAAGAUUGUUACCAGCUGUCCUGUUUUUGUUGACUUUUGUGACAGUGAUGACUAUUUUGUUGAUUUACAUGGACACCGUAGCUCUUGGAGCUCAACAGUUUCGGCUGAACAUGUCGCGGGAUUAUGAACUAGCAAAAAUACCGCAAGAGUCCCCACCCCUCGUCGCCUAUGUUAGACAACUACACUUAGCGCCACGCGCUCCUCAUGUGCAGCCGCCUCGGCCCGAGCCCACCCCCAGGGUCGAAAUUCUGGACCGUAUCCUGGGUCCAGUCGAGCGGGGGACCUUCAUAGAGUUCCUACCCAAAGGUCCAAGGGAUCCAACCACUCUUUUCUUGGAGACAGUGCGCAGUUGGGAUGGAGUUGUUGUAAGGGCCGCUGCAAGGGACUAUCUAGCGUUGAGGGGUGCAUCCAGAGCUCUGCAUGCCUGCCUGAGUCCAACAAAUCAUCCACGCGAGGUGACAUACCAAGAAGCGGAGACUCGAGGCUCUGCCUUCAGUUCCCGGGUGCUGUGCCUGCCACUUUACACGGUUUUGCUGGCAGCCGAGGCGACAAGGGCCAACCUGCUGCUUCUCGGAGGGGACUCUGCCCUUCCAGCUCUGCAGCAUUUACCCUUCGAAGAUGGCCUUGUCUAUUUACAGAUGAUCGAAGUGUUCUCAAAGGAUGCAAUAGCGCGAAACCAGACCUCACAGUUCCUGGCAACCAAGAAUUACACAGUGGCUGCUACUUUCGAAGACAGCGUUUUGUACGCACUCAACAUUACCAAGGUA